UAAAAUUUAAAAAAUAAAUUAUAACAAUUUAUAUAUGUGUAAAAGUGUGGCAGAAAAUAAAAACAUAAAACAAUAAUAAUGAUAACUAUGUCGAAUCCCUAUGAAAUGUAUCAUCGUCAGCAGCAGCAACAACAACAGCAACGUCAUUCGGCUUCUCCAACUUUAAUUAUUUCUUCAGAAUCAUUACCAAUUGGUUGUCCAGGAACAAGCAGCGGUAGUGGCGGUGGCAAUGGGGGCAAUGGAAGUGGUGGCGAAUCACCACUUGGUGCUGGCAAAGAAACUAUACAUUCUGGCCAAUUUAUGGUGUCACAUUUUGAAGCCGAAGAAGCUCAAGAUGAUGAUGAUAGUGAAAUUAAAAUGCUCGAUCCAGAGGAUCCAACAUUAUCAAAACCGGAUGAGCCAAGUGAAUGCACUCAAGUGCAGCUUUAUGUACCAAUCAAGGUCAAGGAAUAUGGUUCAAUGAGUUUGAUUGCAUCGCAUUUAGAAAUUGAGACAUCGUUGACAAAGCUUUUUAAGUGCAUGAAUUUGGCCUACAGUCAAAAACUUACAUCGCCAAAAUGGAAUCACUUCAAAGGAGUUCGAUUACGUUGGAAAGACAAAAUUCGGUUAAACAAUGUCAUUUGGAGAUGUUGGCAUAUGCAAUUUAUAUUAAAAAGAAAAACCCCAGUGUGCCAAUUCGCUUCACCCUUGGAUGCAGAUAUUCACAGUAAUCCACAGAGUGUUGUCCUUGAAGGAAAGUACUGGAAAAGACAGUUAACUGUCAUCAAAGCAGAAUACAGGAAAUGGAGACGUAAUUUCAAGUCAAAUAAUUCUGGCUGUUUGAUUUACGACACGAAAAGUGAAUUGGAUCUCUUUGAAUGGUCACCGAUGCUAACUGAAGACUGGACUACAGACACUUUAUUUUCAGCUAUAAAUGUACCAUUUCCCUUCCCUGAUCCAAGAGAAAUUGCUAGAGGAGCAGGAAAUGCAGAUUUUAUUCAACCUAGCUUAGGACCAUUGCAGCCAAAUUUAGAUGAUCUUGAUCUAACAUUUGAAGGUAGGCUACAUCCGCACUUAGCCGAUUUCAACGUCCAAACUAACAAGUUUUUGUUUGAAUCAGAACUUUUGCAGAAUACACGUCUUCCAUCAGUACCCGAAGAGGGUAAUGACGAUAUGUUAAAAGCUGUCGAUUAUGGUAGUUUUUCAGCAAUCAUGGGUCCUGAUCAAAUGGAUUCCAGUGAUAUGAUGGAUGUUACAAAUCAAAAUCAAUCCAUGUCCAAUGGUGAAGACUCAACCAUGAUGGAAUUGAAUACCCCAUUAAAUGCCAUACAAUACUCUGAACUUGAAAGACAAUUUCAAAAUAAUUUAGGAAGUCAGCCAGAUUUAAGCAAUACAAUGAUGAUGAAUAGCGCUAAUAACAAUAAUAAUCAACAACAACAUUCAGUUGAUUCAGAUUUUAGUACGUCACCUAAGCGCCAAUCGAUCAAAACAUUUCCAAUUACAAUGGAAAAUUCUGGCAGUCAAAUGGGAUUCUCAACUAAAAGCGUUAUUAAAGGACGCGUUUCAAAGACUUCACAAAGACCAUUUAGACGAGAACCUCAUAAUUAUGAUAAAGCACAACCCACCCUCCAUCAAACUGAGAUCUAUCAGCAAAUGCUUGCCGAAAGCCAACAACAACAACAGCAGCAUUUACAACAAUCUCUAGCCCUUCAAAUCCAAGCACAACAACAAUCAGCAUCCAAUCAACAAUCAAAUCUGCAACAACAACAGCAGCAGCAACAACAACAAUUAUCCCAACAACAAUUUCCCACAGUUAUGAUGAACAACAAUGGAAACAACAACAACUUUGGCAUGAGUCAAUCCCAGAACUUGCUCAAUAUACCUCAAAAUUCGAAUAUCAAAUCAUAUCCAGUCGCGCAGAAGGGUACUCUUCUGCCCAAUGUUAAAAUCGAACCUCCACCAGCACCCUCCAAUACCCUUAUAUCAAUGUACACCAUAAAUAGUAACAAUCCAACGGGUGAUUUAGGCUUCCAUCGACUAGCGAAUCGUUCACAAAUUGCCCAACAACCUAGUAUCUCAUUACCUUUGCCCUCUUUUAAGCCAUAUCCGAAUGUACAAAGUUUUCCAAAGUCUGCUUCAACUGGCAACUAUAUCAAUGUUCGUGCUGCUAUAGCGGGAGGAGGUGUACCUGGCGGACAUAUGAAUACACUUUUGCAGGAUCAUGUCCAGCAACAACAACAACAACAGCAGCAACAACAACAGCAACAACAGCAGCAACAACAACAGCAACAACAGCAGCAGCAACAACAACAACAACUUCAACAACAUCAAAUUCAUUCUCAUUCUCUACCGCAGCCCCUUCGCCAACAUCAACUUAUUCUACCCUUAAAUACGUCAUCUACAUCUAGUCAGCAGCAACAACAACAGCAGCAACAACAACAGCAGCAACAACAACAGCAACAAAGACAACAGGAACAACCAAUUAUAACUAAAGAAAUGUUCCGUUCCAACAGUCUGCCACUUAAUUCUUCCCUACAAAAGCUCGAACCACGUAGUAUUGAGCAUUUUGUUGUACCCAAGUACCAAGCAAAAAGUAAUAAAUCUCGUUCGCGUAGCAACUCCAUCCACCAUCAAAGUUCCUCCACAAUGAUUAGUGGUGGCAGUGUUGUGGCAAGUGGAUCGAGUUUGCAGGUACCACGGCUGCAAACAGCAACCAGUGAUCCAAUGUUGAAUUCAACAUUGGCACAACUCCUGACAGCUCCUAGUCAGCCACCCUCUGCCUCAGCAACUAGCUUAAGCUCGAGCAGUAGUAGUUAUGUGCCAUCAGCAAGUGAUAUACGCGUGUCUUCCCAGCAACAACAACAGCAACAGCAUCAUCAGCAUGGAUUGCAUCAAUCAAUGCCGAAGGCAACAUCUCCAAAGAAGUCAACCUCGUUACCUGUCCCAGCGCCACCACUCAUGUUGCAUAGUCCUCCUGGAAAUAAAAUGUUAAGCUUCCCACCACCUUCAGGUCAUAUGUCCACAAGCAACAUAAGUUUAUCGCCUGAAUCAUUUCAUGAUCAAGAUUCUCCACUAUCGCCAACGCACACAUUAAAAUAUCCACGAGAGACACAUCGCCGGGCGGGACAUAUUCAUGCUGAGCAAAAAAGAAGGUACAACAUCAAGAAUGGAUUCGAUAUGUUGCAUUCGUUGAUACCACAAUUACAACAGAAUCCUAAUGCAAAACUAAGUAAGGCAGCAAUGUUGCAAAAAGGUGCUGAUUAUAUCAAGCAAUUGCGGACCGAACGAAAUAUACUCAAGGAAAAAAUGGAUUUGCUUCGGAAGGAGAGAGAUAACUUAAAUAGUUCACUAUCGCACCUGCACUCUAUUUUACCUGCCAAUGGAGCACCAGUUACCCGCCAACGCACUGAACACGUUCGACAAUUGUACGAGCAUUAUGUAAAGUGUCGUACCAUGCAGAAUUGGAAAUUCUGGAUUCUUGGUUUGAUAUUAGAGCCACUUUUAGCAUCUUAUACAACAUCUGUGUCAAGUGCUAGUGCGGAUGAACUCCAACGAACAGUUUUCUUAUGGGUGGAUCAGCACUGUUCGCUAGUUGAUUUGCGUCCAGCUGUUUCAAACAAACUACGUUACUUAUCCACAACGACUGAUAUUUUAUCUGACCCGCCAUCAACACUACAGGAAGAAGUAUCUAAAGCGAUUAAUAACACUCCAGGCCAACAUCCCAACCUAACAGGCUCAUAGUCAAAAUU